GUUCCGUGUUGUGGUCAGAAAUUUUGAAAAAUUUUAGCGAUGAUUAAAAUUUUGAACCCGUUUUUUGUAAUUAAUAGUUCACGAAGAAGUAUUUGUUCUCAGAAAACGCUGUUGAGGUUAGAUAACCUCAUGAAAUAUGAACUGAGAAAUAAUUUCUGUUCAAAAAUGGAAUAUCCGCCAUGGAGAGAAGCAUCAAGCCUCAUCAUUGCUUCUCGAUUGUCGUUGCAUGAUGUUGUUGCAAAAGGUAAAAAUUUAGCUGAAGUAAUGGGCUCUGCCAAAUGGAAUUAUGACACCAAACAAACUUCUUGUGAUUACAGACUUCUAAUGGUCAAAAGAAGCGGUUUAAGUUCUUUCAUGGCAAAUGCCUAUGUAUAUCCUGGAGGUCUAGUUGAAGUUGCCGACUACUCUCCUCUUUGGUGGUCGGUAUUUGGCAAACUAGGUAUCUCAAGAAAGGAACUAUUAGAAUUUUGUUCUCAUUUUCAUGGUCCCAGGCCACCUAUGGUGACCCACCCCACAACUCUAGAAUCAAAGAAGGCUCCUACCAACGAGGAUUACAUUCCGGCAGACAUAGCAUUACGCGUUGCAGCUAUCAGGGAAACAUUUGAAGAAACAGGUAUUCUUCUUUUGACGAAUCCGGCACUGGAGACGACGCAAGAAGCCACAACUCAUACCCUUGUUACUCAAAAUAUAGAUAUUCAGAUGUGGCAAGAAAAGAUUCAUAAUGAUCCAUAUGCCUUCCUUGAUUUGUGUUUAGAAUCACAUAUGUGUCCUGAUAUAUGGUCAUUAUAUGAGUGGUCAGACUGGCUCACCCCCACUUCUGUUGGCCACAGGAGGUAUGAUACCAUGUUCUAUCUGUGCUGCUUACCUCGCCAACCAGAUGUUCUCUUAGACAAAGGCGAAGUUACAGUUAUGAGGUGGUGCACUCCUGAAGAAAUGUUAGAAGACAAUUCAACAAAUGCAGUAUUUCUUGCUCCUCCUCAAGUUUAUGAGCUGUCAAGAAUGAUUCCCAUUCAAAGUUAUCACGAGUUAAAGGAAUUUGCCAAAAAUAGAGAACCUAAAGGAUGUGAGAGAUGGCUACCCAUAAUUUCUACAACAAUGGAUGGUGCUCUUUCCUUACUACCAGGGGAUGAUCUGUAUCCUAAGGAACCUGAUUAUAAAGGCAUCUCAAAACCUGUUGAGUUUCCCUAUGCAAUUGAAGAUCUGAGGACUCAGUCAAAAAACCUACACAGGAUGGAAAUCCAUGGUCCUCAGUGUACAAUGUACUGUAAUAUAACACCUUCUUGUGGCCAUUUACAGCCUCUUACGUAUAGAUCAUCAGCUCCUAUAGUGCAAUCAUUUUUAUAAUAUUUAUUUAUACCAUUUAUAACUGUUUAUGUGCCUAGUACAUUAUUAUUGUUUUUUUGUUUUUGUUUUUUCAAUAAUUGCCAACUCUAAAAGCAGUGUUUAUUUUGUUUCUUUACCUUUUUGGUGCAGAAAGAAAAUGUUAUUGCAAUUGAAAGUUCUUAGUUCUAAAAUUAAAAGAAUUGUUUAGUACACAAAUGUUGCAUUUUUUAGAAAAUAUUUUUUUCUGACUGAAAUUUUUAUAUUAUGAAUAAAAGUUUUACCAUAAGCAAUAAUUAGAAAUCUUAAAUUUUCAAAAAUUUUCCCCAUUUGUGCAAAGAAAAUAGUUUGUUUACUGGUUUUUUAUUUUUCUCUUAUGAACACAAUGUUCAUAGAGUACCUAUUUAUGUUUCAAGUCUUGAAUUUGUUAGUUUCCUAUCAGACAAAAUGAUGAAGUCAAAGCAGAUAUAAUCAUUACUAUUUUGUUUUCAAAUAUUUUGAUUGUCUAAUUUGCUCACAUCUGCAACAAUUCAUGCACUUCAAGUCUAUCCUUUU